AGAUCUCAGCCCUGCACGAGCACGGCGAAAGCCUCCCUUCCCCCCAACCUCCCCAACCCAAACAAACCCAGGCGAAUCGCCGCGGCCCGCAAGCGCAAACGCAUCCUCAAACCCCAGCGAGCCGAGCCCACGCGGACGCGGAACCCCAACACCUCUCGGCGGCCGCCGCGGAAAAGAAGAAAGGCGGCCACGACGGCGGAGGCGGCAGCUUCAGCGAGGGCGACGGCGCUGAUGGAGUCCCUGGAGGCGCUCGUGGCGCACAUCCAGGGCCUAUCCGGCAGCCCCGAGGAGGUGGCGCACCUCCACAGCCUCCUCAAGCAGGCGGACGGCGACUCCCUGCGCGCCCACGCCGCCGCGCUGCUUCCCUUCCUCGCGCACCUCAGCCCCGAGACCCACUCCCUCGGCUACCUCUACCUCCUGGAGGCGUGCGCGACCUCCGGUUCCAAUCUGAGCGACUUCGGCGGCGGGGACUUCCUGGUCACCAUCGCCGGCUUCCUCACCGCGUGCUCGGCGGACCAGAUACGCCUGGCGCCCGACAAAUUCCUGAAUGUGUGUAGGGUGCUCAAGGAUCAGGUGAUGCAGCUCAACAUGCCUAUCAGAGGGAUCGCCCCGCUGCGGGCGGCGGUCCGUAAGAUCCAGUCUUCGCCCGAGCAGCUGACUCCACUCCACGCGGACUACCUUCUCCUGUGCCUGCUGGCGAAGCAGUACAAGGCUGGACUCAGCGUCCUGGAAGAUGACAUAUUCGAAGUCGAUCAGCCAAAGGACCUGUUCCUCUAUUGCUACUACGGAGGGAUGAUUUACAUUGGGCUCAAGAAGUUUCCUAAAGCUUUGGAGCUUCUUCACAAUGCUGUUACUGCUCCAAUGUCAAUGCUGAACGCGAUUGCUAUAGAAGCUUACAAGAAGUAUGUCCUAGUUUCACUCAUUGUGAAUGGACAGGUCCCAUCAUUUCCUAAGUAUACAUCCGUAUCAGGUCAAAGGAGUAUGAAAAUUCACGCCCAGAUUUAUGUUGAGCUAUCUACAAGCUAUAGCAACGGUCGCUACACUGAUUUAGAGAUAUUUGUCCAAGCAAAUUCGGCAACAUUUCAAUCUGACAACAACCUAGGGCUGGUGAAGCAAGUGCUCUCCUCGAUGUACAAACGGAACAUCCAAAGGCUGACCCAGACUUAUUUAACUCUUUCACUUGAAGAUAUUGCUAGGUCUGUUCAACUUGAAACACCAAGGGAUGCUGAAAUGCAUGUACUUCGCAUGAUCGAAGAUGGAGAGAUCCAUGCAACCAUAAACCAGAAGGAUGGAAUGGUCAGCUUUCAUGAAGAUCCUGAACAAUAUAAAAGUGUCGAGAUGGUGGAGCAUAUUGACUCGUCUAUCCAGAGAUUGACGGCAUUGUCCAAGAAGUUGGCUUCAAUUGAUGAGAACAUGUCAUGUGAUCCUGCAUAUUUGAUGAAGGUUGAUGUGAAAGAUAGUGUUGACUCUUGGGAGCAGCAUUUUGACAAAAUUUCUAUCGAGGAACGGAGUAAAUUUGAUGAAGAAACUCUCUACAACUUGGAAGGAAUCAAGAGAAAGAAAACUUACUCCAGAAAACCUGAUGGCUUCAGGAAUGAAUACAUUGUGUUAACCAUACUGGUUGCUGCCGAUGGAGCACUAAAAUUCCCCGAAGUCAGAAACUAUGGAGAUCUGGAAGCAAUUGUGGAAAAACUCAACUCUAUACCUGCAAGACAAAUUCAGGGGAUUCAAGUUUUAUGGACUCCCCAAGAUGAGAACGACGUUCUUUCGGAAGAGAAGCUACUAGGAGACUAUCCUUAUCUGAAGCCCUUGUGUGAGGACUAGGAUAGUUUUGUUCUCUCCAUGCUACUCCUAUUGUGUUUCAUUUAGACGAUUCACUGGUCGCAUCAGUACAAGGUGCCCAGCUUAGCAGAUUAGUUGCUACACUACACCAUACGGCUUUCCUGGUUUUGUUGCAGCGGCCAGCGGUUGUGGGAUAUAUAGAGUACGAUCACUUUGAAUGCAACAACGCGCAUGGACCGCAUAAAUUGUAUACCGCUGGGAGUGAGGAGUGAGCGAGCAGCCCUCCAAAUGUCUCAAUGUUUUUUUCUCUCUGAUUCCCA